AUGAGUUUUAUCCACGAGGCAAACACGUCGUCGGCGGCGUUGCGCAAGCGUAAGACCCUCAAAAAGUCCAUCGUCUUCUCCGUCAUGGUGGUAGGACUGAGUGGGAGUGGUCGUUCCACACUUAUAAACACUUUAUGUGGAGGAAAUCUGAUCGUGCCAACUUCUCUGACAGCACUGCAAGAUCCAUACGCCAGGAAACUCACGUUGCGCCAUGAAAACGUGGAGUUGGAGGAUAAUGAUGGUCACAAGAUCCUGUUCAACAUCAUAGAUACUCCCAACUUUGCAAAUCUGAUCGAUUGUAGUGAAGAUUUCAAGACAGUCGUUGACUUUAUUCGACACCAAUAUGAUGAAGUAUUGUUGGAAGAAUCACGAGUUCGUCGUAAUCCUAGGUUCAAGGAUGGACGGAUCCACGCGUUAUUGUAUAUGGUGAAUCCAACUGGUCAUGGAUUGAGUGAAAUCGAUGUGAAAUUUCUCACCCACGUCAAUAACUUGGUCAAUGUUAUCCCGGUGAUUGCGAAAGCCGAUUCGUUGACCCCACAGGAACUUCAGCUCAACAAGCAGCUCAUUUUGGAGGACUUGAAGAACUACAACAUCAACUAUUACAAGUUCAACGAAUACGAAUACGAAGAAGACUAUAUGGACGAUGAGAUCAUCGAGUAUAACAAGUAUCUCAAUUCGUUGGUGCCGUUUGCGAUCAUUGGCGCCAAUACUUACCAGGAAAACACCGGAGGAAGCGAAGACGAAGAGGAUAUUCUCAAAUUACGUGUUUUGAAUCCUCUUUAUGCCAAACCAAUCAAUGUCGAGAACCCAGACUACAACGAUUUCACCAUCUUAAAGAACGUGUUAUUGAUCACCCACCUCAGUGAAUUCAAGGAGUUGACCCACGAUACAAUCUAUGAAAACUACAGAACGGAAGCUUUGAGUGGUAAGCGAUUCGAAUAUAGCCAAGACUCCAAGACGGUUCCUACUGCUAAUGGAGACAGCAACGAGGAAUCAUAUUUGAUGAAGGAGGAGCAAAUCAAGCUUGAAGAGGAGAGAUUGCGCAAGUUUGAGGAGCGGGUUCACCAAGACUUGAUCAACAAACGCAAGGAGUUGCUCGAACGUGAGACGGAAUUGAAGGAGAUUGAAAAACGGUUGUUGGCCGAAGGUCUUAAAUUUAACGACGAAGGAGAGGUGGUCAAAAUCGAGCCGGACGAACAGCCAGAGCCGGUGCAAGCUGAAUAG